AUUCACAGAUCAAUCCUCAAUUCGGAAAUCUUGUACAGCCAGCCACGAUACCAAACCAGUGAGCGUCCUCGAUUGUGAUACAGUUCAAAACGAUCCAAGAGCAAUACAAGAUAUUAGCAAUGGAUACCAGGAAGAACAUUGUAAUCCUAAAAACGACAGACGACUGGAGAAAAUGGAUCGAACAGCUUAGCACGGAGGCAAUGAAGGAGAAUGUAUGGGAAUACAUUAACCCUGACCCAAACCGGAUGGUACUUGAGCCCGCACCAGCCAAGCCUAUGGAGCCAGUUGCGCCUGAGAUAGACUUCAGCAAAACAAGUGAAGCGCAGCUGUUAUUACAGAAAUAUCAGAUUGAAUCCAACACAUACGAACGACAACUCAGUCGGUACGAGAAACACCAGAAACGUAUGAAGCAUAUGCGUUCUUAUAUUCUCGACACUGUGUACAUUGGACAUAAGCCUAUGAUUCGAGAAAUCAGCGAAGUUUCUGAAAUAAUACGAAAGCUUAAGAAAGAGCUUGCUCCAAAACCAAACCGAGAAAGAGCCUUGUUAAUUGAGCAGCAUCGAGAGCUCAUAAUGACGAAAAAUUCCUUGAAACCAAAAGAGUUGAUUCAGAAAUGGCGAGAUUUAAUAAUUGACAUGAAAUUCGCCAAAUUCACUGAGAUUCCGGACGACCGAUUAACCAGGGACUUCAUCAAAACAACUGAGAAUGUUUUACCCAAGUUCUAUGAGACAUGGACCACCCGUAUGAUCGAAUUCGAUCUUGAUUCUGGAGCUACCAAUCUAAUAGAAAUACCAACAGUUGAUGAGAUUAUUAGUCAAUUCGAACAAUGGGAAGAGGUGUAUACCAAAUCUAAUCCACCUUCCAGACGGGAUAUUGCUAUGGCGACAUUUGGCGAUAAAUCCGACCAGACAGAGAAGGAAAAACAAGACACAACACCCAAACAAAAGACGAGAACCUGCAUAUGCGGUCAGGAACAUCUAUUUGAAGAUUGCCCAUAUGUGAAUUCGAAGAAACGUACCGUCAAUUGGAAACCAGAUGAAGCCAUACAGAAAAAGUUCGAGCAACUAGAGCGACGUCAUGGACAUCCCAGAGCAAAAAUGCUCCAAAGAAUCAAGAAGAAACUGGAAAAAGAAGGCAGUAGUGGGACGAAAGUCUCAUUUUUAACUGAUGCUAAGAAUGACAAUGGGAAUAAAGAAUCAGCAAAUUUAUUGUAUGAUUCGGAUGAGUAUAUUGGCAUACUUCUCAACGCCAAGCAACCAUCUCUAAAUCCACCGAUCAGUACAGCACUGUCAGCCUCAAGCAGAAAUCUUGAUAUUAAGGAGAUGACCUUACUCGACAGUGGAGCGACAGUUCAUAUCACCAAUAAACGGGAUAAGCUUAUUAAUAUGCAGUCGAAUGUUCGAACAAUCAUGGCCGGAAAAACAGAGAUCCAAAUGUAUGGACCAGGACAGUACAUCCUUCACCCAACAGAUCCUAUUAGCGAUAAAGUUAUAUGCAAAGGAAUACGGAUCUUGGAAAUGUGGUAUGUGGAAGGGUUUCCUACAACAAUUAUCUCAAUGAGCCAGCUUCGGAGCCACGGUAUCAAAUACGAUGGAAAAACCGACAGAUUGUGGAGCGAGCGAACAAACGAGGACCUUUGCCAUGUCAAAUGCACUGGCAAGCUAUAUCUGCUUGAAUGGAACUCGAAUAAGAAUUCUAAGACAUCCCUAUCAAAGGAGUUAGCCUUAAGUUCGUUUGACAAAAGAAUACUGAAGGAUCCCGCACAGGUAUGGCAUAAGAGAUUCGCCCACGUAUCCAAUAAAUCGAUUGAAAACAUAGAGAAGGCCACUGAGGGAGCAAACAUUACCGCACCGUUCCAAAAAAGGAACGAGGAAGGAUUCGAGGAAAAAUGCGAAGUCUGUGCAAUCACCAAGAUACGCAAGAAAAUCAGCAGAGUUCCAAUGACGCCACCGACAAGGCCAUUCCAAAAGUUAUUUGUGGAUAUUAUUGUCAUGAAUCUUGCAAUGAACAAGGAUUCAUAUGCAUUGCAUGCUGUUGACCCAUACACGAAGUUUCACAUCCUAACGACAACUCGUACAAAGUCAGUCAACUUCAACCUUGAAAACAUGAUUGAAGAGAUCGAACAUACCUUCAAGACAAGGAUUGAGGAGAUCCAACUAGACGGAGAGUCAUCGCUUAAUGGAAUCAGCUUCAGGGACUAUUCUCAAAAGAGAAAAAUCAGACUGAUUGUCACCGUGCCAGAUACACCAGAGCAAAACGGCCCAAGCGAGCGAGCUGGAGGAAUUAUCAGCAUGAAAUCUCGCAGCCUAAUCCAGGAAGCCAACUUACCUCAAGGAUUAUGGCCAGAGGCUAUGAAAGCUGCCGUUUGGAUCCUAAACAGAACUCCGAUAAAAGCCUUGGGCUAUAAGACAGCAUAUGAGAUGGCUCAUGGGACGAAACCAUACGUUGGGAAUCUGUUUCUAUUCGGAUCUAAGGCAUAUGUCAGAGUGGACACUAAGAAAAGCGAGAAGAUGGCUCUGCGCGCCCAGAUAGGAUUCUUGGUGGGAUAUGAAGCUCACAAUAUCUGGAAGGUAUGGACUACUGGACCUAAUGGAUCGAAAGUCAUACGCGCCAGAGACGUCAUCUUCGACGAGACGAAGAAAUAUGACCCAGAACAUCCAUUUGUUAAAGAGAUUGUCAGAGAAGGUGUGCAGAGAUACGUUGACAACGUUGACAUACCAAAUCUUGAAGACAUCGAGCAAAACGAUAUAAUCGACUCAGUUGACGAAGAUAUGAAUCUACAAAGCAUGGUCAGCCCAGUUGUGUCAAAUAUUGAAAAUACUGGAGGCACAUUACCUCAUGAUUCCAUGGAUAUUAGCAGGCCAGGUCAAGCACUGGAUAUACAACAAGAUGUGCCACAAAACAUGGAGAUUGACGAACCAACCCAGCCGGAUCAGGAUACUAUGGAUAUUGACCACGAAAAUCCAGAAAAUGAAGCCCAAGAAGCGACACAAAUUGACAAUCGUGAGAAAUCCGUGGUGAAGAAGUUGAAAAUCGACUCAGCUGGAGGGGUGGAGCAUGAGGAUAAUAUCAAGGAAGAAGUUGACGAGGAUAAGAAUAUCCCCAGCGACAAACAGCUUCCUCAAUCUUCAAGUCCCGUGACCAUGGAAAGGCUUUCAGCCAAUCAUGAUGCAGAAAAAGCAAAUAACGUCAACAACGACUUACCUACCCCGCCUCAAGGAGCCUCUCAGCAUUCAAGCGAAAAGAAUGAGUCAACAGGAACUCAGGAACCCCUUAGUACCUCUCGAGCACAGGAGAUUAACGCGGACCUCUCAGAAAGCAAUAUAGUGACAGGACCCAGGAUUCGAGUACCGUCAAAAAGAGCCCUAAGUCCAGAAUCAAGCUCUUUAUCAAGGAAGAAGCACAAAAAACUCAGCCGCGCAUUUUUAGCCAGGCAAAAGUUGCUACAAGAUUCGACAACGGACAAAAUCCUUUUAGCUGCACUAGAAAAGCUUGAAAAACCACUUACAGAACAGCUUCCACCAGAACCUAAGAAUUGGACAGGCGUUUUACGACACAAAUUCAAAAAUCAGUUCAUACAAGCUGCGAAAACCGAGUUUGAAGCUUUAAACAAGAAAGGCACGUUUGAGUUUGUUCCUAGACCUCAAAAUAAGCAUAUUCUACCACUGACAUGGGUUCAAAAAUUGCAAUUUGACAACAAGGAUUGUGUGCGCGGUGAUCUACAACAGCCCAAUGAGCUCGAGAAGCGAGCAGCCACACUGGCAGCCCGAAAUUUUAGGCUGAUGAUGGCUCUAGCCGCUAUAUUCGACUUGGAGAUUGUGCAAUACGAUGCCGUGAAUGCCUUCAUAAACAGUCUAUUGGAUAAGGAGGUUUAUACAUUGUGUCCAGAUGGCUUCAAACAAAGUAGCAAGGUCAUAAAAUUACGGCGAGCUCUAUACGGAUUACGGAGAAGUCCUCGGUUAUGGCAGAAAGAACUAACAACGACCUUAUUAAGCCUGGGAUUUGUUCCAAUACCUGAUGAAGAAUGUCUAUUUAUCAAAAAUGGCGUUCUUAUACUAUUUUUUGUUGAUGACAUCCUUGUGUUCUACGACAAGGACAAAAAACAAGCUAUUUUCGAAGAAACUGAGAAAGGCCUUACGAGCAAAUACGAGCUCCGAAAAAUGGAUAAAUUCGAAUGGUUUCUGAACAUUAGGAUCCUUCGUGACCGAGCCCAGAGAAAGAUUUGGCUCUGUCAGGAUUCCUAUAUCGCGAAGAUAGCCAGUCAGUUCAAUAUCAACACCACGAACAACGUCGACACACCAAUAUCUGGCAAUAUUGAGGCCUCAAAAGGAGAAGCAACUAAUCAAGAGAUUCACGCCUAUCAAGAGCUUGUUGGAUCCGCCCUGUAUGCCUCUAUCAUGACACGGAUCGACGUUGCAAAGGCUGUCAACGAACUAGCCAAACACACGAAAAAUCCUUCAAUCGCCCAUUUCCAGCAGAUAAGGAGGGUUAUCCAAUAUCUUUAUAACACUCGCUUCCUAGCUAUUGAAUUCUCACCACCGCAAAAUCCUGAGAAAGACGCGUUUAUAUGUGCCUCAGAUGCCUCAUUUGGAGACAACCCCGACCGUACAAGUUCCGAGGGUUAUUUGGUCCAAAUAUAUGGGGGCCCAGUCGACUGGAGAGCCACAAAACAACGCCUAGUCACGACAUCAACCACCGAAGCCGAACUCCGAGCUGCCACCGAGGCCGCCAAGAGGCUUCAAGUUUGGAAACGUGUUUUCAGGUCAAUUGGCUUCAAGCCUGAUAGAGAGCUCUCUAUCCAAUGCGAUAACAAGCAGACUGUUGCACUAUUGACUAGUGAAGAACCGCAGUUUCGAACGAAUCUCAAACAUGUUGAUAUAUAUCAUCACUGGCUAAGGCAAGAGAUCUCCAAGAAGCGCCUCCGGAUUGAAUGGGUGGACACCAAGCGAAUGGCUGCAGAUGGACUUACCAAGAUCCUACGCGGUCAGCCGUUCCUAGAUUGGAGAAAACACCAAGGACUAGUGAAUAUAGGCCAUUUGACACAGGAAUAAAAAGCUCUAAGCUUCCAUUCCUGGAGGGGUGUGUUGGAUAUUUGAUACGCUAAUCCCAAUCAGGAUGUCAUUACUAAUCAUGAUUCCUCGGAAUAACGACAUAUCCGUGAGAACAUGAGAGCCAAACUCAAGCCUACAGUUUGGAGUCAGGAUGGUCAUUUAUCCCGUAAAUCCGUGAUACUUUGCCACUAUGAUGUGUAUAUAAAGAGGAUCAAGA